UCAGAGACUGCUCUCUCACUUCCUCUUGGUCUUGUAUAAAGUAGUGCUAGUUACACAAAACCACUCACUCACACUGCUCUAUUAUACUUCACUGGCUUGGUACAGUACUGCACUGGCUUGGUACAAUAGACCUGGAGAAGCUGGAGACAUUGACCUGAAUACAGCGAGGAGAGGACCACACCUCCAACCCAGAGCAACAGGUGGAGGACUGCAUGACUUGAAGAGAAGCAUUGCAUCAUUUGAAUUUGAAGCCAUGCUGUGUGAGAGCAGACUAUGGAGCAUGACCUACUGUAGUGACCAGGAUAGACUGGACCCUCUCCCCCCUGUAAUAGAGCCCCCCAGGAGGAGCGUGAAGGCUGGGUCAGAGCCGGCUGCAGCCACCCUGCUUCAGGCCUCUCCAGGCCAGCCAAGCAGAAAUGAACACUCCAUCCUCAGUAGAGUGCCCCAAAACCAGAGGCCCUCCCAGGCGAGUGCCCAAAUCCAGCCCCAGGCUUUUUCUCCACCGCAGGAUCUGCAUUCCCAGAGGCCCCAUUCUGACAGACACAUCUCCCCAGAGAUGGAGAUCCCUGGGCAGGCUUGUUCCGGUGGCGAGGUCCCCUUUCUGGUGCCCUCCUUCUGCCAGAGCAUCUGUCAGAACUACAGCGACCUCCACAUCGGGGGUGACCAGGUGCUGCCUCUCUCAGCCCACAAUGGGGAGGUCCUGCCCUGUAGCGACAACCAAGCCAACGGCCCCUUCCUCUAUUCCUGUGACGUACCCCCGGCCGCAGAAGACUCGCUUCUGCAUCCUCUCCAGUGGGGCUCAGGCUCGGAGUCCUCCCGCUGGAGGGCGGGCAGCGGCCGCGACCGGAGCGUCCUUCUUCAGGGGCUCGAGGGGCCACUCUCUAACUCGCUGCUCAACCGCUACCUGGAGAACAAGAUACUGGACCUGUACCAACAGUACAUGCUGGAGAACAUGGCCCAUGAUGGGGGCUGUGGCGAGGGCUUGCCCUGCCCUCUGCUGGCCUCAGAGUUGAUUCUUACCAGCCUGGAUCAGAUCACCCUGCAGCUGAGCCGUGAGGGCCAUCUGGAAGCGGGCCGGGCCAAAGACAUGGUGCUCAGCUGCCUCCUGAGGGUGGCCAGCGGCCUGCAGUCCAGUGAGAUCAGUACUCCCCUGCUCCAGAUCUCCAUGGAUCUGCAGCUCCCCACUGAUACUGCUACUGGUGCUGCUGCUACUGGUGCUACUGCUACAUCUACACUUGACUCAUCUGUCCUCCAGUACUAGACAGGUUCACUCUCCCCCUAGCUUUAAAGUCUGAAAAUCACACUCCCCUGUUUCUUAUUUUUCUACCUUCACCCAGGUUUUCCCUUUCUCCUCUCAGUUUCCCUACAUACCGUUCUGGGGAAAUGAAACCGCUUUCAAACAGCUGCAGUGAUAGAAAUGGAAAUUCAGGUGGAAACUGUGGUUGAGAGGA